CCUUUACUUCGUACUACAGCGAGUUUGAGCCACCGACGGUGCCGCAUUCGCCUCUCUUGAUUAAGCAGGACUAUCAUGAUUCUUAGGCAUGGAACUAAACACCGCUCGUAUCGAUGGAGGAGCCCAGGAUGAUGUGCCAUCUGGGAGAAUUCAACCCCAUUAUCUACCGUCAAGCCAGCCACCUAGACAGCCACACGACGAUGCACGGACAGAAUAUGCACUCUUCGACCGGGAGAGUCUCACGUCAAUCUUCGCGGAUCUGCCAUUUGCGCAGGGCGACAAUGCAGAAACAUACUUCACACGCCCGAAUAGGUAUUUUGGAUCAGCUUCAACCUGGAAAUCAUGGACGGAAGAGGAGAGAUCGAUAGCACAAAGUAUAGACGCUUUACACGGCCGAGAUCUGGGCAUACACCUUUUCAAUUCAUUUGCGCUCAAACGACACGCACCAGACGUAAAACAGACAGGAAGAGGCCGCAAGCGGAGCCGAAUUACGAAAGGCAAAGACCGAGCAAACUCUGCCGUGUCUACAGACCACGAGGCGGAGAGAUCACCACCGCCAGAAGACCCGGAUACCGCCAUGCUUUCGAUACCAAAGCAUUGGACUGCUUGGCCGCUGCCUCCUGACAAGGUCCCUAGAGAAGAACUUCUUCCAACGGCUGGAGUUGGUACUGGAUUUCGGUACAACCUUGACGCUCGACCAAGUGCAAACCUCGAACACUGCCUCAUCGCGCAUACAACAAAACUUGCACGAGACAAAUGGGAGACACGGCAAUGGGACAACAUAUCCUUAGAAUCAAGGGUCAAUUUCAAACCUCGCGCAAUCAACCCUGUGUCGAAAGUCGAAGACAGUGAUGAUACACCGGAGAAUGACGCUUCAGAUGCUCAGGGAUUUGAGACGGAAGAAGCGCGGUCCUCUUCAGAGGAUGCUCACUUUCCCAUGUUCUCCUCUCGAGCCUAUUCAGCAUCAGAGUCACCAGACCCCAAAAGAGGCAAACUCAUGGCUGAAGGUGGAGAUGACCAGAGCUUGGUCAACGACAAACCUGUACCCCUUGCAGAUGAUGACAAGGCUGGGCAAUAUUUCCUUCCUAGUGCGAGACAUGUCCUGUCCAAGCUUGAUGAUCUACUCCUUGGUCUACACAAAGCGCGGUAUGCCUAUGCGUCGAAGCCGGACGGAAAGAGCAGGCAAAGGUCCUUGAACACGUCCGAGGAAAGAUCUAAGAGCACCAGUCUGCGCAGAACCAGCUCCCGCUCCGCAAUUCGCAAGGGUCGGCCUCGAAAUUCAUCGCCUGCGGCAAGAGACUCAUCCAACUUUUCUUCCAUGUCCCGGAUGUCUGUGGGGAAAGCACGACAACUCUCUGAGCUUGGCCUACGCGACUGGAGUGACGUUGUGGGCAUGGCGUCGCUUACUGGGUGGGAUCCUGCCGUCGUCGAGAGAGCAAGUGAGCGCUGUGGGCGAUUGUUCGGAGAAAAUAUGCUGUUCCGCGUCUUCCACGAAGGUGACGCCAAAGAAGGCGAGGAACCACAUUUCACAACCCAAGUUGCCGUCGAAAGCGAGGUUUCCGAAGAGGCGAACGACGGAGAUUUUGCACCAGUAUUGCAUAGUUGUCCGCACGAGUCCUGUCCCAGGCGCAGUGUCCCUUUCCGAAAAACGUCCCAUCUACAACAGCAUCUGAAAGAGGUCCAUGUCGCAGGUGGAGGAAGCGCGACUCCAUCUCGGCUCGGUCUGUCAGCAUUAAGAAGCACAAGUGUCGACUUUAGUGACGUCGACGUCGACAUGCUCGCACAUCCGGACGUCAUAAUAUGCCCCAUUCCCGGAUGUAAACGUGGUCAGAAGCCAUUCUCCACAGGCAGAAGGCUCUAUGAGCACAUCAAGAGAAUUCACCCUGAUGUCGAUGUGAAGAAGGUAAAACAAAUGGAAAGCAGGAGACGUGGGGAGCGCAGAGGGAGAUGGUCCAAAGAGAAAAUCCGUCAACGAAGCCUCAGCCAGCGGAGAGCGGAUAGUAGAGAGGAUAUUGGAAAGGAAAGUCCUCUGAAGCUAGAUGAUGAUGAUGAUGAUGACGACGACGACGUCUGAAUGGGUGGGAUGAUGGGACGACGCCCGAGUUUUGCAUAUUCACAUUCUGGAAUGUCUUGGUUUGGAAACGGUGCAUCGGUUGCGAGCAAGUCGAUGGACACCAGGCAAAUGAGCAACCUUUUCCCCAUAUACUGUACUAUGAAGCAUUCAAUG